GGGGAGAAUGAGUUCGUAGAGAUGAGUACAUAAACAUAACUGUGGUGACCUCAAAUCAACCUUAUGGAAUCAAUGAUGGAUCCAAUCCAGCCUUUGAUGGCUGUCAAGUUCCAAAAUGGUCUGCAGAAAGGUGGGAUUCAUAGUGGACAUGUCCAGACAAGCCCGGGAGAUUCGUUCUGCAUAGUGAAGAAUGACAAAGGCAAAAUCCAGGAUGACUACACAAAGGAUACUGCAGGUCCAGAUUCAGUACAAGUUCUUGUUGCUACAAGAGCAAAGGCUAGUGGAGAACCAAGUAGCAUGUUCUACUAGUGAAACCCCUCAAUGUCCUUGCUGGAGGUGAUGAAUCCACUGAUGGACAAACAGUGAUCGAUGAAGUGAAGGAAAAUUAGCCAAAGUGAAACUUAUAGAGCCAUGUGCAUAUUACGAAGCUUUCGUGAAUCAACUAGGAGAACAGAAGCAAUCUGCUGUCAUAGGAAGCUUUGAG